AACAAGCAUAUUUGUCACGUCAGGACGUAAUGAGGAAGCCUGUCUAGGCCUGUCCCUGAAUAGGUGUGUUUAUAGCUCAGCUGCAGCGCCUAUCUGAUUUCCCUGCAGCCUUUACUAGUUGCAGUUACCCGGGUAGCCUUUACUGUGCCUGGAUGAUAGCUGCGUCCCACAAAGGCUGGUAAACACUCCCCUCCCUAAUCUGUGCAGGAGCAGAGGUCAUACAGCUGAAGCCAUUGGAAGUACGAGAGCAGCAGGAAUAAGAAGGAUCUGCGCAUCCAUAACAUGCCAGAUUUUGAGGAUUUCUGAACUGGAGCACAGAUGAAAUAAUCAGCACGUGUUUUCGCCCAAGUCAAUCAGGAUCCAGACACGUGUAACAGUGGGCUGGCCAGUACACUCUGCUUAAUCAUUCUUUAGACAACAGCAGUUACACCACGGUACAAAGAGGAAACGGCAGCACUGCGUUUUAUAAAAGCUGGAUUUAUUUAUAAUACAAGAAUAUUUUUUUUUUAAAUUGAAUCAACUGGGCUCUUCCAUGUGUGGAUGAGGCAAAAAAUUUUGACAACUGAAGAGAAAAACAAAAUCCAAAGCACAGAACUGGAUAAUGUUUAGAUGGAAGAACUGUUGUAUCUUUUUGUGAUCGUUGGAUGACUUCAUGGAAAACUUUUUACCAAUUAUCCGGCCAUGGCCUUUACGCAGGGAACUACUGAGCACGACAGUGAUUUAAUCUCUGAUUCUGCUGAGAAGAGCUGUUUUUCAGAUGUGACAGAUUCAAGCGAUAAUGAAGAUGGGGCGCUUGACGGUUUAGAGUUGAAUCCGUUUGAUGGUUUACCGUACUCAUCCCGUUUUUACAAACUUUUAAAACAAAGGGAAGAACUCCCCAUUUGGAAAUCUAAAUAUGCCUUUAUGGAAAGUUUACUUCAUAACCAGGUUGUCGUAGUGUCAGGACGAGCAAAGAUUGGAAAGAGUUCUCAAAUUCCUCAGUGGUGUGCGGAGUAUUGCCUCACGGAACAACAUCAGCAUGGCGCUGUUGUCUGCACCCAGGUGCACAAGCAGACGGUGAUGUGGUUGGCCAUGAGAGUCGCAGAUGAAAUGGAUGUCAAUAUCGGACAUGAAGUUGGUUAUGUUGUCCCUUUUGAGAACUGCUGUACAAAUGAAACGAUCCUAAGAUAUUGCACAGAUGAAAUGUUGUUGAGAGAAAUGAUGUCAAAUCCUCUACUUUCUUGCUAUGGAAUCAUAAUUAUCGAUGACGUUUAUGAGCGAUCGGUUUCAACAGAUGUUCUGCUCAGUCUACUUAAAGACAUCAUGGUGUCUCGACCAGAACUGAAGGUGGUGAUAAUCACUUCUCCUGACUUGUCCAAAAAAUUAGUGUCUUACUAUGAAAAUGCCCCUCUUAUAGAAGCAGAAGAUACAUACUCUGUUGAAGUUGUGUAUAGUUCAGAUCUUGAAAGAGACUAUUUCCUUUCUGCCAUGAAGCUCCUGUUUGAGAUACAUCACAGCAAAGGAAAAGGUGACAUUGUUGUAUUCCUGGCCUGUGAACAAGAAAUAAAAAGAGCCUAUGAACUUAUCAAACAGGAAGGACUACACAUGAGUCCAGACCUAGGUGAACUUGUACCCAUUACAUUAAAUCCUCAUCAGAGUCUCUUGGACUACAUGCCAUAUGAAGAGCUGGAACAAGGCAGCAAAGAUCAUAGAAGAAAAGUGAUUUUAACAACAAGUCUGGGUGAACCAUUAAUCUGGAUGAGUAAUAUACAUUUUGUCAUUGAUGUUGGUGUAGAGAGGAAGAAGGUCUACAAUACAAGGAUAAGGGCUGAGUCUCUUGUAAUGCAGCCAAUAAGCAAGGUUCAAGCCGAGAUGAGGAAGCAGAUUCUAGGAUGGUGCCGUUCAGGAAAAGUUUUCUGUUUAUAUCCUGAGGAUUUUGCCCAGAAAGAAAUGAGACCAUUUUUAACGGCUAAAGUAGAAGAGUCGAAUUUGACGUCAAUGGUUCUUUUUUUGAAGAGAAUGGAUAUAGCAGGUCUCAGUCACUGUGAAUUCAUUAACAGACCAGACCCUGAAAGUUUAAUGCAAGCAUUGGAAGAUCUGGAUUAUCUGGCAGCACUAGACAAUGAUGGAAAUCUGUCUGAAUUUGGAAUAAUAAUGUCGGAAUUUCCUCUGGAUCCACAGCUGUCAAAAUCUAUUUUAGCUGCCUGUGAAUUUGACUGUGUAGAUGAAAUGCUCACACUGGCUGCCAUGGUUACAGCACCAGAUUGUUUUCUGGACCAGUCCCCGGAAUCGGGAGCCACAGUGGAUAACCUGGAUAAAUUUGUGCACCCGGCAGGCGAUCACUUCACUCUUAUCAAUAUUUACAAGGAAUACGAACAAAUGAGAAGCAAUAGUGAAAGCCAGCACAAUGUUGAAAAAUGGUGUCAGGAUUAUUACCUAAAUAUUACUGCACUGGAGAUGGCAUGCGUCAUAAGACUGGAGCUGCUGGACAUAAUGAAGCGCAUUGAACUUCCAAUUACUGAACCUGGCUUUGGCUCAGAGGAAAAUGUUCUGAACAUAAAGAAAUCUCUUUUGUCUGGAUACUUUAUGCAAAUUGCUCGUGACGUUGAUGGUUUAGGAAAUUAUAUCAUGUUGACACAUAAGCAAGUGGGUCAACUACACCCAUAUACUGGCUACUGUAAAGGACAAAAACUUCCAGAGUGGGUUCUCUUCCAUGAAUUUAGUGUUGGAGAAAAAAGUUGCAUCAGAAUAGCAUCUGAGAUCUCCCCAGACUUAUUUAUGCAGUUUGUACCCCAGUAUUUCUUCAGCAAUCUCCCACCUAGUGAGAGCAAGGAGAUACUGCAGAAGGCUUCAGAAAAUACAUCCCAUGUGUUAUCAGCCCAGUCAAACGAGGAAGAGUUGGGUGAGGAUACGUAUGACAACAACACAGACAGCAACGCAGAGCAAAGGUGUAUUCUACAGUGAUAUGGACUAAAAGAAUACUCAAGAAGUGCAAUAGUUUUUUUUUUUUUCUUCUUCCAUAAAGACAAAGGAAGAAUUUAUUGAACUUUGAAUUUUUGUACAUUAUGGCAAAAGGAUCGAUGUUAUACAGGACUGGAAUUGCUUUUGUAUACAUUUUUCCCUAUAUGUCUAUAUAAAAUUAAUUUGUUUCGA